UGUGUAUUUGAGUCUUGUUCUUCUUGUUUUCAGAUGCAACGUAAGCAGUUGUAGGCCAGGUAUGAUGGUAUUACCAACAUGACGCUUCACUGGUGGAUGCACUGGUUCUGGAUCACCAGAUUACCAGCACUGCUGCUGGUGUCUGCAGCCGUAAUUGCCCUGCCUGUGGGACCUUAUACGUUGCCAACCAAACGUGAAGGCCUUGAACAACUGGAUCUUCGCGAUGGCUCCAGUAUUACAGAUUGGCCAUCGCAUAUCUCAGAGGAACUUCUCCAAACACAACACCACAUAUCUCCUAACUAUGACGCAGAUAUGUGGGUGGGUACACGGGGCUUGUACCACUCAUCCACCGCACCCACAGUAUCAAGUGUCUCAAGGAAAGAAAUGGUAGACCCAUCCACCAAGGCCAUUACAAAACCUAGUAUUAGUACAUAUCUACAGUCGGGAAUUGAACAGAGUAUUGUGACGCCACUUGUGUUGUAUGCUUCACGUUCCCUCGACAGCUCUGUUACAAGUGGAAGUCGUGUCGUGUUAUAUCCAACUGCUACAGAAGAGAAUAUAUUUUCUACAGUGUCAAGUGAAGACAGUUCACACCUCCGUGACACUGAAGUUUUCAGGAAAAAAAGUGUUGUGAGUGACGGGAAAGAAGAUGCACGUCGUACAAAAUUAAGUUUAAUAUCAGAAACUGGAAUUGAAAACCAAGACUUCUCUGAAAUUGAAGAUACAACUUUGUCAAUUAUUGGUGUAGCGAAAAACUCUGCAGCUAAUGAUAAUAGUUUUGUAGUGACAUCAUCAAAUGGCAUAACUCCAUCUGUGUAUAACAGUUCUGAAAGCAUCUCGUCAAAUAGUAGUAAUAUUUCUCUCGAUCUUCUUGUUCAUACUAAAAACUCUUAUAGCCAAGGCAUUGAUAAGCCGCUUGUGAAUAUCCCUCACCUCAUAACCAGAGACUUGAGAAGCAAUUCAGAAUCAUCUCUCACCACAUCAUCAUCAAUUUCAGUUGUAACUAGUCAUGAAUAUGAUCACCCUUUGCCCCUAUAUUUACCACUUCUUGACCUAAAUCUACCGAUAGCACGAACUGGUAAGUCUGCAGGCUAUUUUCCUUCGCAGCUUCAUCGUCGUGUGCUUUCUUCACCAUCGCCCUCCAGAGUUGAACCAGAUGUGACGCCAAGUGACACCGUGAGUGGUUACAAAGAGGGACCAAAGAAUAGUGAUGAGAUAUUGAACCCCGUAGUUGCAAUUAAGGAUUCAGACGGCUCACAACUUGAGAAAGGUGACAGUAGCGUGAUAUGGAUCUCCACAACAUCACAAGUCACUGAUGUGGCACCAAACCAUAGGAAGAUGAUACCAGCAGCAGAACAUGAGUCUAGUAAUGCUCGACUCAGACAUCUUGAUGAUGCAGAAAUGGCUGACAGUCCAUACAGCCCUCCAGAAAGUUUUACCAUUGUUGGUUCAAGAAUACAGACUUUUGGUAAUGGCAUUUCCAAACCUCCAUCUGCAUCUUCACUGGAUCUCCCAAUUGAUAAAGCAGAGAAUGGGACUGAUAACAAACCUUUGGACUCAGAUGAUCUCAUUGCAGGCUCAAGGGAGAAAGGGCAAGGUAAAGAAAUACCGAAAAUAGUUCCUCCGUUGGCGACCAGCUCCGAGGUUGUGAAUACUCCAUCUCAGAGUGGAAGACAUUCUGAUAACGUAACUAAAAUCAGUUAUGUUUCACCUAUAAACUCAGAGAACGUAGAUGGGAACGCUUCACUUGGAUCUGUGACAGACAACGCCAACUCCUCGACAGUUACUAGUGACGGACAAAGCCUCCCGUUGUAUCCAGAAAGCAGUGUUUUGACACUGCCAUCUAUUGUACCAGGAUUAAAACAAGUUGGUAAUGUUACAAUUGCAGCUAAAGAUAUUGAAGAUAAUGAGACAACUGUGAUAACGCUAUCACCGACUGUUAUGCCAGUCAGUGAUGGCAGAAUAGCGGCUUCUGCCCCAAGUGGGUCUUACCAUGGGCUUGACGCUGCCUCCAUCACUGGUAUCUCUUUGGGGAUCCUUGUCUUUGCAGCACUUGUGGGUGCAGUGAGUUUUGUUCUGUAUCGCCGUCGAUUUCUCAACAAACCACAGACUUUGAAUGACAAGUGCAGUAAUCCAGACUCAAGUGGCUACAUUGACGAUAGCACACUUAGGGAGAACUCUGAGGAGAUGUACAGCUUGGAUAACGACUCGUUCCUCAAUAGUUUGGAAGCCAUGACGAUCCAAAACUACUGGACAGAUAAUGUUAAGCAUACUAAGCUGUGAUUUGGUGUUAUCGUAAUCACAAUCUUAAAGCAUUUCACAGAACUGAAAAGUGGUGGAAGUUAUUAUGUAUUUGUUUAUCAGAAUUCAGAAAUAUAAUUACUAUCAAGCAUUCUGUUCUGGUAAUAAACAGACAUCUGUCCUAAUAUCUAGUAACAUAUCUUGAAAGAUUAAAGAAGUAUACUUAAAUAUGAGUACGUCUUUUUCCCAAAAUUUUAUUUAUUAUGGCCAGGACUCCAAAAAUUAUUACAACUAAUCCGUAGAACAGAGUCCGUCUUGCAAAGUUACUGGUUCCUCAGCUAGUCAAGAACUUUCCCACCUUUUAUGGAAGAUGUACAUUCAUUACCGUGUUAAAAAUUAAACAUACGACUCACUAAUGAAACUCAUAACCAGCAACUAACACAGUUACUCCAAUCUUAGAAUUAAAAUCAGAUCAGAACAAUUAAAAGAAUUUUAGCUGCCUUCAUUCCUUUCAGUCGUAUAUACAACUAGGAAUACGAUCGUGCAUUUAAUUUGUGCUGGAAACUGAUUGAAAUUUAUGUCUGCAAGAAGAAGAAUAUAUUGCAAGUUUACUUUAUUACUAUUACAAUUCACAGAUUUAUUUUUAAAAAAACUUCAAAACAUUGUUUUUAUUAACAAACUAAUUGUUUUAAUUUAAUAGAUAUUACAAAUUAUUAUUCUUCGCCAGCAACUGAGAGUGAUCAGAGUGUGUGUCCUGUUUCGAAUCAGAAUUAAUUCUAAAAUAAUGAAACAUUUAGACAUUUGGUAGAUUUCUUUGGAUGGAAUGUUUGCUCAUUGAAAGGCUUUUGAUCGCGCAGCCAACGUGAUGGUAAGCGUUGCAAAUUAAUGUAUUUGCGGCGUUCGUGGUUUCUCCGUGCGGGUGAGUAGACGUAAUUAAAAAAUGACAAUCUUAUAAUGCAUUACUCUAUACUUUUCUAAACAUAUUCACAAGCUUCUGCCACAUUUUUAAAUAGUUUGAAAGAUUUUGAUCUAUUUUCAUCAGUCUGUCAUUUGGGUCAUUAAAGAUGUGAAGGUGUGUGAUUUCUUCAGUGAUAAGAUAUUUUAGAAUACUUUGAGGAAUCAGAUGGAUGCUAAUUUUAUAAAUAACACAGUUCUAGUAAAUCUGAAUAUAUGUGAUACCUCAGGUAAAAAAUUUCAAACAGUCGCUGAAAAUGUUUUAUUGACCGCUAUUGUGUGGGAAUAUGGGAUUUAAACUACUGUACUACGGGGUUGCCGGCUAAAUUUUAAUUCCAGGUUUAAUAAUUUAAUGGUUUGCUGCUACAAAACAUGGGCCGCUAGACUGCAUGGUGAGUAAAGGCUAACGGGAACCACCACAGCACUUACUAAUGAAACAGUGAAACUUUAAGGACAUAUUUCAAAUUCUUAUUAACUUUUAAUAAUGGAGAGAACGAGUGGGAUUCUGCUAUCUCUCGCUCAUUUCGAGCAAUAGUAAUUACAGUUGGUAUUCUCAGUGGAUCUUGGUAGUUGGAAUGUCACUCAAGGCAUGGUUGUUUAUUUGUCCUUGUAUUUCUGUGUCGUGCUUAUCUGUGAAGGCAGAGACCUUAAAACCAGCUGAUCACCAAUCCAAGGAGUCCUGCCAAAUGUUAUAAUGGAUCAUAUUUCAGAAAUUACUCUGAAUGGAAUUGGUGACAAGGCCUAAUCCAUAAGAAUCGACUAUUUUAUAUUAAAACUCUCAUAAUGUUGAAGUUAUUACAGAGUGUGGUGUUCUGUGGUAGAAUACCACAUACACAUUCAGAGCAGUGUAAAACAUUGACCUUCGGGGAUGAUCCAUGUCGAAUGUCAUCCUUAAAAGCCGAAGUUUUACGUUGAACUCCAAGGAGGAAAGUCACUAGCCUCUUCUAAAUCUACAUUUCUUCAGUGCUGCACUAGGUUCAAAAGAGGUUACAAUUAUUUGGUGGUGGAAUAAUUAAAUUACAUGUAAAGAUAAAGUGUAAGUAACCAGUGAUGUAUGAUUUGGUAUUGUGGCUGUGUUACAGCCAUGUUUUAUGAGUCAUGUUGCAGCAUUUCUUUUGUUUUCUUAACCUCUUAAAUCAAUACAAAGGAAAAGAAAAGUAUUGAUAAGGAAGAAGUCAUGGCCUAUUUCAAAGUAGCAACCCGUCUUUUUUAGUGAUAAACCCUGGUUUAACUCAGGAAUGUUGGAUUUUGUGGGCUCAGGGACAAGUUUCUCAGGUUGCAGGUCAGCCAGUUGAUUUUUAAUAUUUCUGUAAAAUGUGGGAAAUUGCAACACUGCCCCCCUGCUGGUGGGUAAUAGAAAAUAAAAUUAUCUAUUUAAGAUGUUAAUAAUAGCUCCUCAGAUAUUCUUCUUAUAUCACUUUUAGCAAAAGUAAGUGUAGUAACAGCGAUACAAUCCAUGAAGAGUAAAGCUGGCCACACAUUCCUCUUGCUCUACAUUUUGCCUGCGCGCAAACAAAGUCUGGAGGUAGUUAAGGACACAGACCAUGGCACGUAAAGUGAUAUAUCACCGUAAUAUAAAAGAAACACUGGAGAAAGUCAGAUAUUCUAGACCAAACCAACGAGUCCUGGGCCGCAUGACGUCCGUUUCCAACAUAGCGACUCGUGACUGGAGAUGAGGACACGGACAGACGGAGGAUGACCUUGAUUUGUGCUGACUUUCAGAAAUUACUUCACAAAGGUGGUAAAAAAAGAACAGAUAUCCAUGUAAAAUUCAGAUUUGUACCAGCAGUCAGUCUUAUUACUAAACAGUUGACUCACUCGGUCGAUUGAUCAAUCAGCCAGUAUUCCAAGAAAACAACUUUCACGCUUUACUUUGGUUUCGUCUCUUGAUCAGUGACAUGACGGACGAACACAUUGCCUUCUGGCAUAAUCUCUGGUGGUUCCUCAAAUUCGUACAUGGAAGAGCACGCAAUUGCAAGGACAGUGCCAUCAUCGCUGAAGCACAGCAACGAGAUGGGCGCACUGUAGCGUUGAAACUGACACAACCGUUUCCUGUUGAAUCUAUCCCAUAUGUUGACUUAACCAUCAGAACCUCCUGUUGCAAAUGUACUGUACCCUUUAUGGAAACUGAUGGCAUUCACGGGAUAAAUAUUCUCAAUUCCACUUUCUUUUAUUCUAUGGCACUUGAAAGCAUAUCUCAUCUUCUGGACUUCAGGACUUACAUCCGAUAUUAAAGAAAUUAAGGUCAGAACCUGGUGAUGGAACUUGAACUGCUGCAGAAAGUAACUCCAUGAAUUACAAAAAUAAAGGUAGACCUACACGGCACUACAACCUUACAACCCAGAAGACUGUAAUCUUUGUACUCGCCACUGUGAAAAUCUCUAAUCUUUUUAUUAACUUAUUUUAUGUGAUAUCGUAUGGAUGGUGGAGAAAUUGGAAAUACAAAGUUCUGUGAAAAAUUUCUCCACUAACUACAUUUACCUCCUCCCAGAAAAGCCAUCAACACCACUGAAGUUAUUGCUUAUGCACAUUGGAGAUGAAGCGUUGUUGCCGCACUGGGACUUUCCCCAUCAUUUAGUAAGUAUGAAAUUAGGAACGUAAAAUUUUGGAACUGCUACAUAUCAAGCACUCAUAUCCUGAACUUAAGUAUCCUCUUCCAUUUUUAAAUAAUUAAACCACUCAUCAGGUUUUAAUCUCCAAUUGUUUCAAGCAAGAAGACUUGAUGAAUUCAGAAACAGUUGAAGAACUCAUACCACAUCCCAGUAAUUUAAUACCAUUGCAAAAUAAACAUUUUUUUUAGUAAUGAAAGACUCUCGAGCAACAAGCCGUGUCAGGUGGCGGAAGAAAUGGUUCAUUCACUAUUCAGCCACCUGACGCGGCUUGUUGCCCAAGAGUCUUUCAUCGACUUCGGUUACCACAAAAGCUUCGCUUUAUACAUUUUUUAGUAAGUUUAUCUGUAUUUGCUUCAUUAUAUAGUUUAUACGUUGCAUAUUUUUGGUCCUAACACAGUGAUCUUUGCAUUUUACUUUCCGCAGGAACUUUUUCGCUGUAUGAAUAUGAUUACACUCAGUCUGUGAAAAAGUCUCUCGAGCCAAAUAACUGACCACCAUUUUAUAUUUGUGAUUGCGUCUCCACUAACACUCCGUCUUUCCUUCAAAUUCAAGAAGAUGCAGGCAAUGUACAAGCAAAAGGGAUAUUGUGUGGCCAGCUUAACAGAAAAUUCAUUUUAAAAGGCUGACUACUUUGGUAUACGUUAGUUUUCUGUACAAAAUAGUAAGUACUUUAUCACUUUUAAUAUCUGUAAAAACUUGUUUAAAUAUAUGUAUAUCUUGUGAUAUGUCUCUCAUUGCUUCAUUAGUUAAAGAUGUAGAUUAAACAUUGUGUCAUGAAUCAAAAGGAACUUAUAACCAACAUUUAUUUUCAUUUUAUUUGUAGAUAAAAAUGGUGAACAGGCUUUAUUUUAAUUAUAGACAGACAGAAGGACAAUAAGCUCUGUUGGUUGUGGUGGGUGACUAGUUAUAGCCAUGUUUACUUUUUUACUUUAUUUUGUGAAGAUUGAAGAAUAACAACUGUGACUGCACGUAGCUUUGUAACUUGAACACAUGGUUUUUGGCCUUUCUGCCGAGACAGCUCUCUAAACCAGUGUUUCUCAACGUAUGGUAUGCAUACCACUGGUGGUACGUGAGCCAAUGUUGAGUGGUAUGCGAGCUAAGUAAGAAAAUCAAAGGAUAAUAUUAACAUAAAUAAGUUUUCCGAACACAUUUGGUUAGUGGUACAUUUAAUGUGUUAAAUUAGAAUUAGUGGUACGUCGGCGAAGAAGGUUGAGAACCCCUGCUCUAAACAAUUUAACAUAAAGUAGGCCCAUUAUUGAAUCUAUAAAUUUCUCAUUGAUACAGAAUGUUAGAAUCCAAAAGGGUUCUCUUUGAGGAAAGAACAUAAAUUACAAAUAUUUUAACGUGCUCAGGAAAAUUUUUGGACCUUAGAAACAAGAAGUCAACAGUUAGAUAUUUCGUACACAGGAAUAGUGAGAUUUAUAUGUCAGAUAGUAUUGCAAUGAUGAAAUGUAGAAAGCUGUGAUGAUUUAGACAUGCAGUUAGAUGUUGGAGACAAGGAGUUCAUAUGAAAUUUUGAUGGGGAAACCUGUUGGAAAAUCUAGAAAUGACCUGUAGCAUAUGCUUCCAUUGGGACAUCUACAGACUGUCAAGUGUUCUGGCAGUGCUACAGCUUCUCAGUGCAACAUCAUCAUGAAUCAUAUUAUAUUUUUCUUUUGUCUAAGCAUUGCACUGUGAAGGUUUAUGGAAGUGAAGCUGGACAGAGUCACAGCCAAUCUCGAUAAAUGGUCACCUUUCCACUCCUUAAAACUUUGCAUACCGUGUAGUGUAUUAGAAUAUAAAAUAAGUAAACAAACAACUAUUAACACUAUAAAAAGACACUAUUGCCAUACGCGUUUCAACCUCAAGAGAUCAUCAUCAGUGGCAUCAGGGAAAUUAAUUCAUUUAAUCAAAAGAUUUAAACUGACAAUUGGACGACGACGUUUUACAUUUACUAGACGAUGGAUAAUAUCCAAGGAAAUUUUUAUUCAAUUGACUCUUCACCGUCGUCAAGAAGUUUUAGGUUUAAACUGGAUUUAGAAAAUAAAUAAUGAAUAGGACAUUUGACGAAAAGUAUUUUAAGCGACACUGCACCAGAUGUUGUUAUUCACAGGAGUUGAACUCUGCACUUAACUAUUGAUCCGAUGGUCUGGUGGCCGUAGCUGGUCUGCGGAGAGCUGGGGUUGCGUCGUCCAUACCUGUGAACUCCAGAAUCGUGGGUGUGAGCAGUGUCGCUUGAAAUACUUUUGUUAAACACCCUAUUCAUUAUUUAUUUUCUAAAUCCAGUUUAAACCAUUUGAUUAAAUGAAUUAAUUUCCCUGAUGCCACUGAUGAUGACCUCUUGUGGUUGAAACGUGUAUGUCAAUAGUGUCUUUUUAUAGUGUUAAUAGUUGUUUGUUUGCUUAUUUCCACUCCUGUUUCUUCUUUCUCAGAAAGAACUCAAUCAAUUCAGACAUUGUAGACCCCACAGUCAUUCUCAAUAAAUGGUAGACUUCACACUCUCGUCUCUUUACGUCAUGGAAAUAGCCCCAGUACCAAUUAAGUGGGACACACCCCACUGUAAGUUCUCAGGGAAAUGGUGAACAUUAAGUAUUGUUCUAUUAGAGACUGAUUUAUUGAUUUUGGCAGGGGUAAAAGUAAACUGUUCUAAGCAGCUGAUGAAUAAGAGCAAUUAAAAUUGUUAUAUCAGUCAGAUGUUGUAAACAAGCUUGGAUUUAAUGGAGAAAGAUUCUUUCUUGGUAAUAUCUCUAAACUUCUGACAUAAUAACUGAACAUGCAGGAUGGCUACUUCUACUCACUCAAAUUUUCUUUUAUUUGUACGUAGAUCUGUGGCAAAAUACUUUGUGUGAUGAAACAAAAUAUCUAAAAUUUGUUGUGCAGAGAGAGGUUAAUAUUACCCGUACCUUAAUACAGAGAUAUGCCAGUACUGAAACAUGACUGUGAAAAGAUGAGAAUUUUAAGUUUCUUGACUAAAAAUAAACUUUAGAAAUAAUAUAAAUGUUUAGAAUCAAUUAUGUACCUUUGGACAAGUUUCGUAGGAGGCAUAUUCAAUGUUGUUUUUUUUUCUGUUAUAUGAGAAAAUGUGAUGGUGUAAUCUUGGGGAUAAACCAUGAUUAUUCCUAUAAAUAUUAUAGAAUACUUGUUUGCUUUUCAGUUGGUGUAUGUACCGUAAUGUUUUCUGUUUUUAGAAAUUCAGUUGUGGGACCAAGCAUUCGGGUAGCCAAGUAUUAAUCCCCAUAAUGUUUAGAAUUUGUUGCCGUUAUCACCAUUGCUCUGAGCUUGCCUGUUUUGAAACUAACCAAAUCAUUCAGAAUUUCU